UCAGAGCUCCCGGGCACGGUUUCCCCGCCCUUUCCAGGCUUAUCAGGAAGGAAGCAGCUGGUCUGUGGUCGGCUAGUCAGCCGGAACCGAGUUGCGCGGCUGCAGGUUCCAGCCCGGAAAAGGCAACAGAGGCACCUGAGGACCAGCAACAUGGCGCGGCCGGGGAGUAAGGCAGCUGUUGUGUUAUGUAUGGAUGUGGGCUUUGCCAUGGGGAACUCCUAUCCUGGUGAAGAAUCCCCAUUUGAACAAGCAAAGAAGGUGAUAACCAUGUUCAUUCAGCGACAGGUGUUUGCUGAGAGCAAGGAUGAGAUUGCGCUAGUCCUGUUUGGUACAGAUGGCACUAAGAAUGCCCUUGCUGAUGGCGAUCAGUAUCAGAACAUCACAGUGCACAGACACUUAAGGCUGCCAGAUUUUGAUUUGCUGGAGGACAUCGAAAGCAAAAUCCAGCCAGGUUCUCAACAAGCUGAUUUCCUGGAUGCACUGAUCGUGUGCAUGGAUGUGAUUCAGCGUGAGACUGUAGGAAAGAAGUUUGAGAAAAGGCAUAUUGAAGUAUUCACUGAUCUCAGCAGUCCAUUCAGCAAAGACCAGCUGGAUAUUAUAAUGCAUAACUUGAAGAAGUCUGACAUCUCCCUGCAGUUCUUUUUGCCUUUCCCAAUUGGGGACGAAGAUGGAAUUGGGGACAGAGGAGAAGGUGACUUGUGCUUGGACCACCGUGGACCCUCCUUUCCCCCAAAAGGAAUUACUGAGCAGCAAAAGGAAGGUAUUCAGAUGGUGAAAAGGGUGAUGAUGUUUUUAGACGGUAAAGACGGGCUGGAUGAAAUUUAUUCCUUCAGUGACAGUCUGAGACAACUCUGUGUCUUCAAGAAAAUUUCGAGGUCCUCCAUGCCCUGGUCUUGUCUACUGACCAUUGGUUCCAAUUUGUCUAUAAGGAUAGUGGCCUAUAAAUCGAUGCUGCAUGAGAAUGUUAAAAAGACUUGGACAGUUGUGGAUGCAAGAACCUUAAAAAAAGAAGAUAUACAAAAAGAAACAGUUUAUUGCUUAAAUGACGAUGAUGAAACUGAAGUUCUUAAAGAGGAUACUAUUCAAGGGUUCCGCUAUGGAAGUGAUAUAGUUCCUUUCUCUAAAGUGGAUGAGGAGCAAAUGAAAUAUAAAUCGGAGGGGAAGUGCUUCUCUGUUUUGGGAUUUUGUAGAUCUUCUCAGGUCCAGAGAAAAUUCUUUAUGGGAAAUCAAGUUCUAAAGGUCUUUGCAGCAAAAGCUGAUGAGGCAGCCGCAGUUGCCCUCUCCUCCUUGAUUCACGCUUUGGAUGAGUUAGACAUGGCGGCCAUAGUGCGAUACACUUACGACAGAAGAGCGAAUCCUCAAGUUGGCGUGGCUUUCCCUCAUAUCAAGGAUGCCUAUGAGUGUUUAGUGUAUGUGCAGCUGCCAUUCAUGGAGGACUUGAGGCAAUACAUGUUUCCAUCCUUGAAAAAUAAUAAGAAAUACACUCCUACGGAGGAGCAAUUGAGUGCUGUUGAUGCUUUGAUUGACUCCAUGAGCUUGAUAAAGAAAGAUGAGGAGAGAGACACUAUUGAAGACUUGUUUCCAACCUCCAAAAUCCCAAAUCCUCAAUUCCAGAGAUAUUUUCAGUGUCUGCUGCACAGAGCUUUACAUCCCCAGGAGCCUCUGCCCCCGAUUCAGCAGCAUGUUUUGGAUAUGCUGGAUCCCCCCACUGAAGUGACAGCAAAAUGUCAGAUUCCUCUCUCUAAAAUAAAGACUCUUUUCCCUCUGACUGAAGCCAUCAAGAGAAAGGCUCAAGUAACUGCUCAGGAUAUUUUCCAAGACAACCAUGAAGAUGGAACUACUACUAAAAAAUGCAAGACUGAGGACGGGGAAGCCCCCAUGAGCAUCUCCAGACUGGCUGAAGGCAACAUCACCAGUGUUGGAAGCGUAAAUCCUGCUGAAAACUUCCGUGUUUUAGUGAGACAGAAGAAUGCCAGCUUUGAGGAAGUGAGUCACCAGCUCAUCAAUCUCAUUGACCAGUUUUUGGAUACUAAUGACACGCCCUAUUUUAUGAAGAGCGUGGACUGCAUCAAAGCCUUCCGGGAAGAAGCCGUGCAGUUUGCAGAAGAGCAGCGCUUCAACAACUUCCUGAAAGCCCUUCGGGAGAAAGCAGAAAUUAAACAGUUAAAUCAUUUCUGGGAAAUUGUUGUUCAGGAUGGAAUUACUCUAAUCUCCAAAGAUGAAGCCCCUGGAAGCUCUGUCACAUCUGAAGAGGCCGAAAAGUUUCUGGCCUCCAAAGAAAAACCGAAUGAAGAGGCAGCAGCCCCGUUUGAAGAAGGUGGUGACGUGGACGAUUUACUGGACAUGAUAUAGGUCACGGAGUGUGGAGACUCUGAGAGACUUGCUCUUGCUGCGGCUGGGAGUUGUAACAGAACAA